AAUAAACAUAGCUAAAAGUAAAGAGUAAUGAUGCUGUCCUUUUUUCUUUUUUUUCCCUUAGUCUUUCUUUCAUUUUUAUUAUAUCAUCAUCGUAAUAAGAACUCUUACUACUAUGGGGAAUUGGGAGUUAAAUUCAUCAUCUAAUUCAUCUGUUACUCAAUUAGUAGAGGAAGAAGAACGUCAACCCCUAUUAUCACAGCAAAAUAAUAAUAAGUUAAUAUCCUCAUCUAGUUCAUAUGCCAAGUUCAAUAAUCCAGUAGAUGAUAUAAGUACUGCACCUAAAACUCGAUGUGCAACCAUCAUAUCGUAUUUUCAACGAUUCAGGAAAACUCAUAGGGAGUUUUUGGCAGAAUUUAUUGGUACAAUGAUUUUAGUUCUUUUACUUUGUGGUGUUGCUGCUGAAGAAACAUUAUUUGCUACUAAUUCGCAUAAAUCUUGGUUAACGAGUUCUAUCGGAUCAGGGCUUGCUGUCUUGAUUGCCAUUUGUGUUUCAGGCCAUGUUUCUGGAGCACAUCUCAAUCCGGCAAUCACUUUAACUUUUAGUGUCUUUAGCGGGUUUCCAAUUCACAAGGUACCUAUCUAUAUAGCAGCUCAAUGUUCAGGUGCCUUUGUGGGAGCAGCCGUCUUGUACAUUCUCAUUCAACCUGCUCUUACCAACUUUGAUCAUGGAGAACGUCAAAUCCUGGGUGAAUUCGGUACAGCAGGUAUCUUUGGAACCUAUGCCCCACCUCAUGUUACACUAGGAACUGCAGUCGCGUCUGAAAUGGUCGGAACCGCUUUACUUUUGCUCAUCGUCAUGGUCUCGGGUCAUCCGAAUAAUUUACCCUUCAAGAGAGCUCAAGGCAUUAUGGUGGCAGUAGGUAUCAUGAUACUUGUGAUGAGCUUAGGAUACACCUCUGGGUUCUCCCUGAAUCCCGCACGUGAUUUCGGUCCUCGUUUAUUUACCGCGAUUGCAGGUUGGGGUAUGGACGUCUUUUGGAUAAACGGAUAUUAUGCCAUUGUGCCCUUGAUAGCACCACUUUUAGGAGGGCUUGUAGGAGGCUUUGUAUAUAUCCUUUUUAUAGAUUAAAGAUAGCAGGUGUAUAUCUUUUUAUAAAUUAUUUUUUUUUAUAUAUCUCCCUUCUCCUGCUUACCAGGACUUUAUACAUUUAUGUAUAUGUAUUUUAAUCAUAUCCAAUGAUGGUCAUUGUAUUAUUCCACACACACAAAAAAAAAGUGUCGUUUAAUAAAACAAAAUAUGAAAACUUUAUUAAUAAAUUUUGCAUAUUUUUUUUUUUAAAA